CCGAUCCUCUUUAUAUCUUCUUCACCAAUCGCCGAUCCUCUCUAUCUCUUCUUCACCCAAUCAUUCUUCGAACGAAAGUGUUCAAAAAUAUGGAGUCUCUUCUUGGCCGAAGGAAAUUUCAGACGUUCUUCUUCUUCCUUCAUUAAAUUUACGUUGGGAGUUGGGUUCUUCCGCUAAGAAGCACUGGAAUUGCACAAUGGUGGUAUUCAGGGUAGAUUCGCCACAGACAAAUAUUUAGCUUUCAGUCAAGCCUCCGUCUUCUAUUUCACGUCUGAAAAAGAAUUCCAGGUAUAGUUUACAGGGAGGGGAAGAAUAGAGAUUAACAUUAGUCAAAAUGAAGGAAAAAACCUAUGAAUGAAAUGAUGGGCUCGGAUCUGCCCUUGCAUCAAUAUACACAAGGUUAUCAUUUUAAAUUGCCGCUUAUCACACACUUUGAGCCCAUUCAAGUAACUCUCAAGAGUCUAACCAUACUUUGUUAUGGUUUUUUGUUUGUAACUUUUUUUGUUGUUCUUAGGCUGUUUUUUCUAAGUUUAGUUAAGAAUGUUAUUCAGUGUUUGUUAACUGUAGGUGGGAGAUAUUCCAUACAGGACCAAAAGAGUCAUGAUGGUUUCUAAAUUUGGUUCAGUGGAAGUUGAGAAACUCAUAAACAUUGAGCCAUAUUCUCAUGUUAUGCACAUUAGUUCCACUAUUAAUUCUUUCUGUAAAUUUUUGUAAGAAUUUACCCGAUAAACAAGUGAUGAGUGAAUGUGAGUCUUUUAAAGUUGAAUUAUGUUAGAACGAAUUUUUGGGUAAUAACUGGUAAGAUACUAUGAUGCAUGGUAGUAAUAUCCAAAUACGAAGUGGGAACAACCAGAACAACUUGCAUUAACCUCAGAAAUAGUCAGUACACACCGAUCGAAGAAACAAAAUGUUAGAACUUGGGAAAUCGCUUUUUAGAGCAUGUGUUUCUGGAGAGCUCUAUGACCGUUCAAGCAGUUGGGAUGCUUUGCGUGCUGCAUUGCCCGUCGGAACUGUCAGUGGCGCCCCAAAGGUGAAUGCCAUGGAACUGAUAGAUGAGCUUGAAGCGACGAGGCAUAGACCUUACGGUGGUGGAUUUGGGGGGAUUUCCAUAUUCAGGGGAUAUGGACAUAGCCCUGGCUUUAAGGACCAUUGUUUUUCCAACCGGAGGGCGUCAUGACCUAAUGUACUCUUACAAGGACGUAAACAGAGAAAGAGAGUGGGUUGCCCACAUUCAAGCUCGGGCAGGUGUUGUCGCUGAUUGUGGGAUCAAAGGAUAAUCAGUUGGAGCAAAAUGGAGAUGAUAUCAUUAACUCUACAAUGAACAAGAGGAUGAAAGAGGUGGAAAAAUUUAAUGGAGAUGGAGAUAAGUCGAGCAAGAAGAUGAAGUCCGUUAAAAUAGAGAAAACUAAGUCUAGAACUUUUACGUUAUCUUGAGAGUAUUAUUUCCUUCUUUUUGGUUUUUAUUGUUGUGUUAGACAGUUUAUAAAUUAUAACUAUUAAAUUCUUUGGUUAAUC